AUCAACUUCAAAGAAGAAUACUAUCAUGACUGGACCCAAAGGAAAUGUUUUCAUUGUAUUAUAUACAGUGUAUCAUCAUGUUUAUAAAUUGGCAGUAGAAGUAGAAAAAGGAUUACUUGCAUCAGGUGUCAAGACACAAAUGUUCCAAGUUCAAGAAACUUUACCUUCAUCCAUCUUAACAAAGAUUAAUGCAGCUCCAAAGUUAGAUUUACCGGUCAUCCAACCUGAGCAAUUAACAGAAGCUGAUGGAUAUCUUUUUGGUUUUCCUACAAGAUUCGGUAUGGUCCCGUCUCAAGUCAAAGGUUUACUUGAUGGUACUGGUGCUUUAUGGGCAAAGAAUAAAUUACAUGGCAAAUUUGCUGGUACCUUUUUUAGUACAGGCUCAUCCCAUGGAGGACAAGAAGUCACUGCUAUGUCAAUGAUGCCUUAUUUUGCUCAUCAUGGUAUCCGUUAUGUUCCUUUUGGAUACAGCAGUCCUCAUUUGGGAAAUAGCACAGAGAUUCUUGGAGGGUCACCAUGGGGAGCAGGUACUAUAGCUGGAAGUGAUGGUAGUCGACAACCUCAUCCAUUUGAAUUAGAAAUGGCUCGUAUGCAAGGAGAAGAAUUUGGUAAUUUGAUUCAAACACAAGUGGCUGGAAAGCAAGCAUUACUUGACCAAUCUAAACUUUAGAAAUAAAAAUAAAAUCAUGAUUAUAUUAUUAUGUAUGUAGAUUCGAAUUAGACAUAUUUCCACGUUUUUUCAAUUGAAAAGAAGGAAAAGCCGAUGGGGUCAAC